UCCUCUACUGGCUUUGGUGGCCAGCCACUGCUUUUCUGUCAUUCCAUUCAACUGAAUUGAAAUCCAUCUCAAAUAAGGCCGAAAUUUCACUGAUUCACGUCUUAUAAUCGUCAAUAGUUGACGUAUUUCGAUCUCGGAACGAGCGAUCUCAUGCAUUUCCUCUCCGAAAAUCAAUGCGGAAUCGGUGAAUCUGGGGGUAUGAUUUGCAGUCGCUGAAGCGAUGAACGUGAGCCAUCCAUCAGUUCAUCCAGUUGAAGCUCCUCCUCUCACCAACAUCGGCGAGGAUGCUCUUAGAGUGAGGAUGAAGGACAUCCAAGGCAUGCCCGGAACCCACGGUGGCCUCGUGUUGCGGUUCUUCCAGUUUGCAUUUGCGGCCGCAGCUCUCUGCGUCAUGGCUUCCACAAACGAUUUCACAUCUGUCACCGCCUUCUGCUACCUUGUCGCGGCUGUCAUCUUACAAAGCUUGUGGAGCCUAUCGUUAGCCUUGGUGGAUAUCUAUGCCCUUCUAGUGAAGCGCUGCUUGCGGAAUUCUCGGGUUGUGAGCUUGUUUGCCAUUGGUGAUGGGAUCACUUCCACCCUCACAUUUGCAGCUGCUUGUGCAUCUGCGGGCAUCACAGUCCUCAUUGGCAAUGACCUCGGCCAAUGUGCAAAGAACCACUGUGCAAGGUUUGAGACUGCAACGGCGAUGGCCUUCCUCAGCUGGUUCACCGUUUCCCCUUCUUUUCUCUUGAACUUCUGGUCCUUGGCAUCUCGUUGAGAAAGCAAAUAAAAGCCAUUCUCCCAAAUUGAUGGCAGGAUCCUUACGGAGGAUGGAUGCUGCAGAUCAAUCCGUCGGUGGGCAGAAUACUACCAGGAAAUGGAGAAAAGCUAGCAAGAUGUUGAGAAGACCAUUGUAGGUAUCCUCGAGGGCUGUUUGGAUUGGGGGCAUUUGAGUGGCCUGGACAAUCCAAUUACCAGUUAUUAUAAUACCUGUAAUUGCUGGGAAUUAUAAUCCCUGUGUUUGGGUAACGUUUUGGAGCAAGUGAUUGUGAUUUCAGAACUUUUUGA